UGGUAGGCAGGCUUAUCUGAGUAUUCAAGGAAUUGAACCUCUUAAGCAUCUUUAGCAACUUAUCAUCUUGUGAGAAAUGGAAAGGAACAUUAUUAUGACGAUGUAAGUUUAUGAAGGAUUAUGAAGUGUGAGUCAGUGUUUAAGCCUGUGUGGACAUGAGUUCACCAGGGGACAUGAGGCUUCUGUUAUUAUACACACGUGAAUCUUAGUUCAAUCAAUCUGACACCGAAGAACAUACGAUACACACACACACACAUCCUUCGACUCACAGACACUACCAUAAACUACAGCAGAAUGUCCAGUCUGGAUGAGGUUCCAUUUAAAGUUGCACUGGACUCAAUGGAGACACAUUUUGGUCAGAAAGAGACGUUUGCAGCUCCAGAGAUAAAGAUCCCAGAUUGUGCUCAAAUACUGCGUGAUACAAAGUAUUCAUUCUCUCUGGAGAAACGGAUUAUGGCUAUAUUGGAAGAACAGCAGCGGAAGAACAGGAAGGCCAAUAAAGCGCCCCCGAGUGUGUCCCCCACUUGCCCACCACAUUGCCUGAUGUUCAGCAGCCCGCAGGAGCGCCGCUUGGUGCGCCUCAGAAGCGCAGAGUUCUGGGAAGUGGGCCCACGUUCCCGCAGCCUGAGCCUCAGCGCUGCAGACUCGCGUAAGCUCCGCCCCCUGCGGACGGUCCAGUUCCUCAUCGCCGACACCGAUUGCGAGGGCGGCUACGGUGAAGAUGACGAGGGCUCGUCUACUGAGGAAGAUGAUGCUCGUAGCAAAGAAAGGCCGAAGAGCUCCGGCUCCCAGUGCAUGCGAUGUUCAUUUCGUCAGACCCAGAGAGGCUCCAGCCCUCGCCCCACCCCGUCCUGCACACCCCAGAGGGCCCGACCGAGCUCUGCCUCCUCUAUAAAAGACAUACAAAAGCCUGUCCCGCUUUCCCUCAGCCAGACGCCGCAGAGCCGUCCUCACAGCUCCAGAGAGCCCCGCAGAAAACCUGCUGUUACCAGAACCAGCGGGCGGAGGAACUCACACACGCUCUUACAGCCGAGACCCUCGUCUGCAGGACAGCUGCCCUCAGCCAGGCCUCAACCCGCCGCACAUGAUGUGCGUCCGCGGACGUCUGCAGGGCUGAAGGACGCUCCAGUAGACUUGCUGUGUGCUUUGAGUCAAGAAGAAAGGGAUCUUCUUGAAGCCGUUACACAACAAGGAUACACACUGCGCACUGCCAUACUAGCACUGCAAAGGACAGGACCCAAGAGCCUUGAUCAGAUUUUGAGGUACCUGACUUCAUGUGAAAGUCUCUGUCGGCUGGGUUAUGAGAAGACUCAGGUGGAAGAAGCUUUGGAGAUGUUCCAGAACUGUGAGAGCAAAGCUUCAGAGUUCCUGUUUCUGCUGGCUCAGUUCUGUGAGAUGGGUUUCCAGCAGAGCACCAUUAAAGAAGUUUUACUGCUGCAUGAGAACCAUAAAGAGAGAGCCCUGGAGGAGCUUAUGACCCGGAGCGGCUGAGAAACCAUGAUCCUCUGCUAUCUCAAUAACUGAAUGAAAUAAUCCUGAGCUUCAGCAUGAACAAUGGAAUGAAUGAAUGAAUCCUCAACUCUAAGUAUAAAUGAAUCAUCGACAUGCUCUCUGAGCAUAUGAAUCAGUCUUUAUCUUCAGCUCCAUAAAUUAAUCUAUAAAUAGGCUAUUUACAAAUUCUUCUGAAUGAAUGAAUCCAUAGCAGCUUUAAUACUCUAGUCUUUCAUGGAGAAGAGGUCCUGUUUAUGUUAAUGAUUUUCAUUGUAUUAUUGUUUAUAUUGAUGCCACAUGAUUAACUGUAGAUCUGACAAAGAUUAAUCACUAGUUGAUGAGAACCAUAGCUCAGAGUUCAUCAUCAUGAUGAAGAUUAAUCACUUUGAAUUUAAUUAACCCUUAUGCUGCAUUAGGGACAUUUUUGGUCUUUUGCAGUUUAAUUUCUUUGACCAUUUUGGCUG